AUGAUUGUUGCCGAUGAUGAAAAGGUGAAUAGGAUCAAUACACCACCACCUGUCAUUCACCACCGUCAACCUAUUCGUUCAUCAUUAAGAUUAUCUAACACCAAACAUAGUGUUCAAAGCGAUGUUUCCAAACCAAUAGCGCCUCAUUUACGAUCUUGUGGAAGAUCCGAUAUCGUGCGUCAACGGGUUGGUUUCUUGGGUUGGACGAUAGCUCGAUGGAUCUUACUAUUAACGAAUACAAUGUUACUUGUUUAUGGAUGUAUCUUUCUUGUUGCCACCUGUGCUACAUAUGGUCUUGCCUAUGAACGAGCAAUUAUUAUCGUGAUAGCAAAUAAGGAGAUCUUAGCUGUGAGCUUUACGGCAUCACUAUUUUGUUUCUUAACAUCAAUUGUAGGGUAUAUAGGGAUUGUGAAUAAAAAUCGACGGUAUUUGGGGUAUUAUGCAUUGUUCCUUUGGGUAUGUUUUGCUCUGAUUAUCACCGUAGGAUACCUUGGGUUUAAACAUCGUACAUGGAAUCUCAAGGCUCAAUUAGGUGUACGUUGGCGACAUGAUUAUACUCCCAAACAACGAGAAUUACUCCAAGACAAUUUACAUUGUUGUGGAUUUGAAAACCCUUCAGAUCAUGCUGCUUAUUUUUUAAGAUGUUGGGCACAAUCUUUAUUGCCAGGUUGUCAACAUAAAUUUUAUUUAUUUGAAAAUGCUUUCUUAUUGAAUACAUACACCAUUGCUUUUGCUAUUCUCCCUAUUCACGUGGCCGUCAUACUUGCAUCCAUCCUAUGCUCUAAUCAUGUCGAUGUCGUAUUUGGUACAAGAUCACGACCUCCUAUUCCAUAUCUGGGCGAAUUCAAGGAUUGGAGAGAAUGGGAACAAGCUAUGCAUAAACAGAAAUAA